CAAUUUCAUUUUCGAAGGCUUGGUAAAAUUAUUGUGUAAAAGUUUAUUGGUAAUUUGAUUUUAAGACCCUAAUGCUUGAUUGUUUUGCAGAAAAUAGAUAAUCUGAAAGUGUUUAUUAAUAACACCAAGGAAUCAAGCAAAUCUUAGAAUGGCAGAAGAUUUGGAUGUAGAGGCUAUGUUAGAAGCUCCUUAUAUUAAAUCGGAUAACACUUCCUCUUCAAAACAUCGCUCGGACAAGUAUUCUGACAAGCACAGAGAUAGAGAAAAGGAGAGCAGCAGAAGACGGAGUCGUUCCAGAGAUAAAAAGAAAUCACGUGAUCAAGACUCGCGACGUUCAAAAGAUAGAGAUGAUAGGAAGGACAGAGAUCGCGAUAGGGAUCGAGACCGCCGGGAUCGGGACAAGGAGCGCAGCAACAAGGAUAGGGACCGAGGAGACCGCGAUAAGGAUAGAGAACGAGAAAGAGAAAGAGAAAAAAGACGUAGCAAAGAGAAAGAAAGAGAACGGAGCAAAGAGAGGGAAAGGAGCCGCGACAAAUCGCGACGAGAGCGCAGCCGUGAAAAAGAAAAGGUUCGCGAAGAGGAAAAACCUCGUGAACCAGAAAGGACUGAAUACAGAUCAAAAUCCAGAGGUGCUGAGCCUAAACUGGAUGAUUUGCCUCCAGAAGAGCGAGAUUUGAGGACAGUGUUUUGUAUGCAAUUGUCACAGCGCAUUAGAGCUAAAGAUCUGGAAGAAUUUUUCUCAUCUGUUGGCAAAGUUAGAGAUGUAAGACUUAUCACAUGUAAUAAAACCAGAAGGUUUAAAGGGAUAGCAUAUAUAGAAUUUAAAGAUGCAGAGUCUGUGCCUUUGGCUCUAGGUCUGACCGGACAGAAAUUACUGGGUAUUCCCAUAAUUGUACAACAUACACAGGCAGAAAAAAAUAGAGUAGGUAAUACAUUACCAAAUCUAGCGCCAAAGACCAGCAAUGGACCAACUAGGUUAUAUGUAGGAUCGCUACAUUUCAACAUUACUGAGGAUAUGUUGAGAGGAAUAUUUGAGCCAUUUGGAAAAAUUGACCACAUUCAACUUAUGACUGAUCCAGACACAGGAAAGAGCAAAGGCUAUGGAUUUUUAACAUUCCACCAUGCAGCCGAUGCAAAAAAGGCGAUGGAGCAAUUGAAUGGAUUCGAAUUAGCUGGACGACCAAUGAAAGUGGGCAAUGUAACAGAACGCACAGAUGGAGGCUCUAGCACCCGCUUUGACGCAGACGAGCUGGACCGCGCCGGGGUCGACCUCGGAGCCACGGGCCGCUUGCAGCUCAUGUUCAAGCUGGCUGAGGGCACUGGUCUACAGAUACCUCCAGCUGCCGCGUCGGUGCUCAUGGGAGCGGGGUCGACGCUAGUCGCCGCGCAGCCGCAGGUGGCGCCGCCCAUCGCGACACAGUGUUUCAUGCUCAACAAUAUGUUUGACCCAGCCACAGAGUCGAAUCCCAGCUGGGACAUUGAAAUCAGAGAUGACGUCAUCAGUGAAUGUAACAAACACGGUGGAGUGUUACACGUGUACGUUGACAAAGCGUCUCCGCAGGGCAACGUGUAUUGUAAAUGCCCCACUAUAGCGACAGCAGUGGCGUCCGUCAACUCGCUGCACGGCCGGUGGUUCGCCGGCAGAGUGAUCACCGCAGCAUAUGUGCCCCUCAUUAACUACCACUCGCUGUUCCCUGACGCAAUGACUGCACUGACCCUGCUCCUACCAACACGACAAAGAUAAGAAUGCUCACAACUUAUUACUGCAAAGCAAUAAAUAUGAAAUACAAAUAAAUAUACUUUAAUUUUAGGAUAUCUACUAGUGGUGUUCUGUAUUUUUAUUAGGGUUACAUUACAUUAUUAUGUGAUUUCAA